AUGAAUAUUGUGUGUCCACAUUGCAAUGCAUUGAAAUUCAAAAAUGAAGCCCCUGGAUUGUGUUGCGCCAACGGCCAAGUCAAAUUGACACCAUUGGUACCACCACCAGAGCCACUACACUCAUUGCUUUCCAGAAAUGGGCCAGAUUCAAAUCAUUUUUUGACUCAUAUCCAGCAAUACAAUAAUUGCUUUCAAAUGAGAUCAUUUGGCGCAACAAAAGUUAUUCGAGACAAUUUUAUGUCUACUUCCAAAAUUCAUGGUCAAAUCUAUCAUCGAACAGGUUCCUUAUCGCCAAUGCCUGAUGAAGACUAUUAA